UCAAGGUCCAAAAAGGUAAAAUAUCACACUUCGGAUGGAUACAAGGAAAACUCACUUUCAGAUGAGCUUGAAUCCAAGAUUGAUCCUUUUCUGUUGCAUCACGAAAAAACUUCAAAUGAUCUUGCCACAAUGAAGUUCGAAGCCUCAUUACAUUCGGAUGAGAAGAAAUAUCAGGAUGAUACCUCAGCCAUGAAGGAUGCGAGUACAGAAAAAAUCGAUAGUGAUUCUAUUGAUGCCUCUUUGGAACAGAAUGAAAUGAAAAGUGAGCUCAUUGAGGCGGAAUCAGGCAAGCAUGAGGUCAUUUUGGAUCAAGAAGAAUCUCCAAAUGAUUCGUUAGUGACCGAACCUAAAGAAUUUGAAGCCAAUUUUGAUCAGAAAGAACUCUACAAUGAUUCAGUUGACACCGAACCCGCAAAAGCAGCUUUAAAAUCACACCAAGAAAGUCUUUUAAUAGAAACGUCGUUUUGUAAUGAAAAAUCUCCUCAGAACCCGGAAAAUUAUUUGGAAACAAUGGAAGAAGCAACUAUGCAUAAUUUUAGUCCUCUUGAUCAGAAUAAUGAUGGUCAUGGAUUGAAUACAACUACUACCGACGUCGAAAUCCUUGAUCCUGCCAAUCCUUCGCUUGAAACACAAGGAAGAAAGGAGGAUUUAGAGGAUUCAAUAAUACUCUCUAAUUCGAACAUUGAGAGCAAUACAAGUGAACAAAAACGACCCGUCGCAAAUGAAGAUUUUAUCAGCCAUAAUGACAUCACUGACGAUAGAAGCGAACUCGAAUUCAAAGAAGAUAUCAGCCACGCGGUAGAAAACUUUGAAGCAGAAGCCAUGCAGCGUAAAUCUCAAAAAGCGGACCUUACGUCAAACCCUGAGAACGAUCUGCAAGAUGAUACUGAAACCGACGCCUGUAAUUCGUACAGUGACGAUUCCUUUACUAACAGCUUGACUUUGAAUACUGGAUAUGCCACCGAUUUCCCUUCACUUGGAAGUAGUCCACCUCUUCAAUCAAGUUUCAACACUCCUGCUCGCAGGGUUUUAGACGAGUCUCACACUUCCAAUUCGAGCAAGAGUGACGGGAGUUUGUCCCCCAUGAUUGUAAAAAAUAUCGAGGAGAUUCUGGACCGUUUAGAAUCUUCCAGCCCGAUCGCUUUUAAAGACGACAAAUGUAAAAUUGUGUUUUCGCCUGUGCAAUCACUACCAGAAUCAUCUUACCACACACUGCUUCCUCACUCUGAUAGUGAUGAUGAGAAAUCCGCAAUGGCUGCCGAUACUGAAAACGCUGAUGCGGUUACGACGUGUAUCAAAGCUACUACUCAAAAUGAAACUAGUGCUAUUGGUUUCGAACUAAACAAAACAUCUGAAACUACUACUCCUGUUCCUGCUGCCACGAAUGAUAUUGAAAACAGUGGAACUAAAAUUUUUGCACCCGUGGAGAAGGAAAUAGAAGAUGCCGGCUCAGCGGUUGCGAAAGCAAAAGUUGCCGAAGUCGAACAAGAUGUCACUUCAAGUCACGAGAAAGCAAAGGAAACAGAUCUGAGGUCAAUGGCUGCUCAAGAACCCCCUGAGAAUCCUGAUCAGAAUUCAAUCGAAGCCGAAGUCGAUUCUCCACAAAAACAUAAGGAAACGAACAAAGAAUCGACUUCCGUCGAAAUGAAGCGCAAAAAAAUUAAAAAGAAGCAGGCUAAAUCUACCAGACCCAAAAAAUCUACUGAAAAACAAAACGAUGUUGAUGAACGCUCAGAAGUUGUGGUACCUGAGCCAGAUCAGUCGAGCAACGUACGACUUUCUUUAGAGCUGCCGGGAUUUAACUGGCUUGAAGAAAAGAUCCGCCAGAGAACUGCAGGCAUCAACAAAGAAAUGAAUAAGGGAAAAGCUCACUCAAAGUCAUCUCUUUCCAAAAACAGAAAGCUUGCAGUUUCAGAAUCUAUUAAUAGAGUUAUAGCAUCUGCCACGAUCAAUUCUUCAUCACCAUCAUCAUCAUCCUCGUCGUCUAAGGAUCACCUAACUGAAGCUCGAAAUCAAGAUGGAUCAUUAAAACCAAACCAAGCUUCGGAAUUCGCUUUCAAAAACUCUGGAAGCCUGCCGUUACAUCAGACUUCUCGUCCUACUCCAGAAGGACAAAAUUUAAACAGGAUUCACCAACCACCCUUACCGAUGACUGAGGAGACCGUGAGCCCAACUUCGUAUAAGCUCAUUCCAAUAUCCCCUGUACAUUUGCAAUACUCUCUGAACAAUACCCAAGAUGCUUACAUGGGUAUCAAGAAUGUACCCCCUGUGAUAGUUUCUACUGGUCACACCUAUGUGCCAAGUCAAACAUCUGCACCUAAUGCGUUCAUUUCUCCAAGUCAAAUGAGUACUAGUCAAACCCCUGCACCUAUCGCGUUCAUUUCUCCAAGUCAAAUGAGUACUAGUCAAACCCCUGCACCUAUCGCGUUCAUUCCUCCUAGUCAAAUGAGUACUAGUCAGACCUCUUCAUCUAUCGCGUUCUCUUCCCCUAGUCAAAUGAUUGUAACUAGUCAAGCCCCAACACAUACGGUGAUAGUGUCUCCAGACCAAGUACCGGUUCCUAAUCAGACCUGCAAACCUGCCUCCAUGGUCUGCCCAACGGAAGUUAGACCAUCGCUCGUGAAGCCAGACCCUCCUACAGCACCAUCUUUAAUUGUUCGAAACCCUUUUGAUAGUGAUUUGUCCUUCACUAUACCAAGCGGUUUCAACACAUCAACUCGCCCACUACAUCAUCAAGGGGUUUCAACGCACAUGGCCCCAACACCUCCUCAAAAUCCAGAUGUGAGGUUCAUCCGACCUCACGGAUCAGAGGGUAGCCACCCCCCGCGGUUCACUCGGUCCCCCCACGUCCAGGCAGCGGUCCCCCCGGGCCGCCCGACCCAUUUCAGAGACCGGAUCCUCGCUCGCAAAGCGGCAGAGUUCGGUAACCCCUACAUCAGAAGGGUCCCGGGUCCAUCCAACCCCUUUGCAAGUCCCUUUCCCCCCAACACGAAUCGCUUAUACCCCCAGACCAUGGGUUAUUCCAUUAGGUUACCACAUAGGGAUCUGAACGCCUCUUCAUAUAAAAAUCCCGCAUAUGCUUCAAUGUACAAUGACCAAGUACGGCAGAGUCAAAAAUCGGUUGCCGGUGGGGCUGCAAUCGAAGAACUCAAUAGUAAAUCAAACCCAGGGGUUUUCAUCGAAAGCCAUGGCCAACAAAUUUCUCGAAUUACUGAAAAUCAACAAGUGGAAAAUCCUGCCAAUUCAACGAUGACUCAGUUUCAUGCUACUUCUGCUCUGACCAAACCGGACAACAGCUAUUGUGUUAACAGAGUUCCACUUCAAACACCGGCUACAGGUGUUCAUCAGCCAAGAGAGGGAUACGGUUUUCAGCACAACUCAAAUCUUUUUAAAGCGCCAACUGAAAUUGUUCAAUCUGACACUCGAAAAAUUGAGUUCCCUGUAACAAACUCGGAUCAAAAUUCAACUCGAAAUCCAUUGGACAUACACAGGCGUACGCGGAGUCCAGAAAGCUAUGCAAGACCAUCGACUAAUUCACCUGUGUCAGUCUCACAAAACAAUUUGAUUGAACCUGUUCCAAAUGAAUUUUCUGAAUCUAAAAAUCCUUCCUCAGAGGCGUAUAAAAAUAACCCAACUAAUCAGGUUGUUUCGUCAUAUAGGAAUAACAUUGCUGGUGAUACCAAAACCCACGCAGCAGAAGUACAGGUAAAUGAUGCCUUGGAUCUUAUGGGACAGACCGCGCCUACAGUAUCUAUUCCGUCCGCGGUUGAAACACGAAAGCCCUCCGUGAUUCAGACUCUCCCGAGGGUGCCAACAUUAUCGGAUGUACCAACAUCUUCGGGCGUUCCACCUUCAAGGGCGUCAAUAUCCAGGGCGCCAUCAACAUCCUCUGAAGUUCCAGCGUCAUCUGGAGGACCAAUGACGUUAGGGGCGACUAAAUCCUCCCCUGAGAGAAGAAGAGUACCCGACUUAAUGCCAUUGGUCUUCAAUAACGACACUUGGAUCAGAAAUCCGCUGUCGGAUGUCCCCAGGGAUGAUGAUCUCAACUCUAAAAGUGUCCAGAAAGACGUUUCGCUAUCCAGUUCAACUGACGUGCACUCCAAUGCCUCAUCAUUGAGUCCCUCAAACUCUAGCUCCCUCAACCUCCUCAGCACGACUACUCCCACUUCCCAAGCUAUACCAAACUCAAGUUUCCAAAACUCACUAACCCCGUCUCUCACCCAGUCCCAAGAGUCGAAUGUCAGGAAAGCCAACGCCACGCACCUGAUGAAAAUGUUGCAACUUUUUCGACACAAGCUUGGCAAAACAGCCCCCUUACUGGAGCACGAUAAUCAUAAUGGAAGUGAACUGACCCUGCAGAUGGGAAGCAAAGAAGCUGGCAAAAAGGAAUUUGAUCCAGAUCUGUUGCAAUUAAUUAGCAACCUCAGUACUGCCACAGAAAAACUAAAUUACGAAUUAAACAGCAAACCGAACGCUUUAGACUCCUCACCCAGCAACAGCGCCAAAACGAGACAGCUCAUCCAGCAACGUAUUAAAGAGAUAAGAGAACAAAUCGCCAAAACUUUCGAACUCGAACAGAGGAAGGAACGUCGUGAAAACGAGUCAACUUCUGUCAACUUGAAUUUUGGCUGCCAUGAUGUUGCUGGUGCUUCUUCUUGUUCAUCCUCCGUAGGAGGUACUGAAACGGAGGCGGCGACAUAUACAGACGUACGUUCAGGCUGUAUUCACGAGCCUUCUUUGGGGUUGACAGGCAAGCGGACGGAGGCACUAAGGAGUUUGCCAGAGUCUUCAGAUAACCCCCAAAUCUCCUAUAGAAAUGUUCCAGGUUCUUCUGAAAGUAUUGCGAUAUCUUCUCAGAAAUUACAGAUUCCUUCUGUGUACUCAACCGCAUCUUCUGAUGUCCCCCUUGAUUAUUCUCGCGCCGGUGCAAUGGGCUCGUCUUCCGCAGUAACCACUGAAAGUGGAUCAAAAUCGUCUAGCGACAAUUUUUCAAAGUCAUGUGAUGCGACAUUGCACAGCGGAACUAGGGAAUCGUCUUCAGAAAACAAGUUAAUUUCUCCUAGUUUAUCAACCUCCAUGGUUGAAACUACCUCAUUGGAGAAAGAUUCAAAACAAAAUAAUAGCGAUGGUUCAUCUAAAAAGAAUGAAGAAAACUUUGUUUGUGGAAUUAAUACAACGUCAACUUCAUCCGACAACAAUUGCAGCAAUAAAUAUCACUCCAAAUUUAAUUCAGAGCCCUUUGUUGCCGAAACCAUCUCAUCCAGAGUGGACUCGGCUGCCAAUUUCCCAGAAACGAAUGAAAACACAACUGUUGCAGAUGUGAACUCAGUCCUGACUGCAUCAAGAUUCAACGACUGUGAUGGUGUGACUGCAGAGAACCCGAUUGUCGCUGUUUCCCUUCCUGGUACUGGAAGCGUUAGUAGAGAUCAGCUUGAGAAAAUCGCUCAAAAUCCUUUAGCGGUUUGCGAUGUCAAUGCAGAAAAAGCUUCAGCUGUAUCUCCAUGCACGGACGCCAAAAGUUCGGAAAUUCCGGCAACACACCUCAAUUCAACCACUGAAGGAAGAUCUGAUACCAAAUUACGUUUUGAUGUUGUUAACGAAAAACCAUCAAAGGAGAGCAGUAACGAUGAUGAUAGCGGUAAGGAGAAAGAUGCCGUGUCGGAAAGUAGUAAGAGAAGACACAGUGAAACUUCUGAAAUUGAACUUCUAAGAGAAGAGCUCGUUAGAACUCGCCGAGAAGUUGAAGAAUUAAAACUGCGGCAAGAUAAAAUAUUGCAAGAAACGCUAGGGUCUUUUUCUGCAUAUGCUCCCUUCGUCUUGAAACUCAAAGAUCCUGAAAUGGGAUCUGAGAAAACGAACAAAACGUUAACAACUGAAGACCAAAAGCUUGUUGAAACUCGUGUCGAACCACAGGACGAUGUAAAAUCGUCUGUUUCAGAGGAAUUUAACGUAAAAUUGAAAAAAGAAGAAUCCAAAUCAAGUACCGACACUUCAAACGUAGUUAAUGAUAUGAAGGAAAAAAUACUCUCAGUAGAAAAUAACUCAACAAAGUCGCAUCCCUCUCUGCCAGAAGCCACCCGUAAAAAGUGUGAAAAUUCUUCAGAAAACGCGAGUGAUCAAGAGAGUUCUGCCAAUGUCAACUCUGAAAUCAAAUCUUCAAUGACAUUAAUCUCAGAUACAAAUUCGGUAGUUAGUCUUAAUUCUACUCUGUCCUCUGAAAAUAAAAAAGAAGAUGCAGUCUCUCCAGGAGAUCCCAAAACCACUGAUGCUGGACCUGCUGCAACUGUAAACAGUGAACCGAAAGUAAAAAAUUUUCAGGAUUUUCCCCACGAAGAAAAUUCUUCGGAAGCUGCCACUGUAACUGAAAAUCAAAGAAUGUCUUCAGAUAAGAGUACCAAUCAAACUUAUCUUAGUAACUCAAUAACGAAUAAAACUGUGCCAAAAAAUAUCAUCGGUGUAAGGAAAUACGACAUGGUAAGUGAAAUGAUCAAGGCUGCUUUAGAAUCGGACACGGAGGAUAACGAAUCGAGAGGACGUGAGUCGAAGAAAACGAGGUACGAGCAAAAUAGCGAGCCACAAAUUCCCUACAUUCCAAGGCCAAAAUCUAAAUCGGCUAUCAUGAGUUUCCGACAACUCAAUCCAGAUUUGAUCAUUUUACCAGUGAAUAAUAGUGAAAAUUCUCGGUCUCAAGGAGAAUAUGGAAACAAUUUCAAUAGAAAUGAGCGAUUUUCCCCUGCCUCUAUAACUUUGAUCCAGCCUCCAAGUGAUUCUGAAACCCUUAAAGUUCCUUUCAAAAAAAGGUCCCGAGGGUCGUGGGACUUCGAUUCAAAUUCUGCUCCGAAACGUCUCGAUGCGUCGAAUGGAAUCCCCUCAACCUCUGCUACCAUUUCUUUAGUCAAUCCUAAGCCUGCUGCAGUCAAUCCAUCAUCUGUUGCGGAGUGUUCGCCUCAGAGCGUCCAGAGCUCUGGCCAGACUUCCAAGAGCUCUCAACUAACUGUACGACCAAUUUCAGCUCUUACAGGUAAUCAACCCCAAAGAACAAUUGCAGAUAAAAGGACUUCGGCCAAAUUAACGUAUUCAGGCUCCCCGCCUAUUCAUUUACAGUUAAUGGAGGCUAAAAAUUCAGAUGGGCGUCCUUCUUCAGAACCCAAAUCCACGACUGACUUCACGUACUCUAUUACUCCUCGACCUUCCACCGAUCCAAUUGUUCGUGAUGUUAAUGAGAUGUUGGGCACAAAUAACUUGCCUAACCAAAAACAGAUGCAUUAUUCAGGAUCGAAAAAUGAGCAAGUGAAGGACUAUUCUCUCAAUCCAAUGUCGAAAAAAAGGAAAUUUCCUACGGAAAAAGAAGAAGCGCUUAUAACUCCAAGCGAAGAACGUCCUAACAACGCCAAAAAAUCUCGUUUGCUGCAGCCCCAACUGGUCGAAAGCUCGUCGGUUCCGGUCAAAGCUUAUGAUACACCAUCUGACAAGUUACAAACGUCCAUAAUGGCGGUACCUACUCGUCCUAGUCUACCAUUUGAAGAACAGCAGUCGUAUCCUCCCGUAUCUGCUCAUCCUUUGAUACCAAAACAUCCAUUGCCUCUCCACCCUAAAGCCGUUCAUCCACUGAAACCUACUCCUUCAUACCCCAAAAACUAUCCUCACCUUUCAACACUGGGAUUUGUCCCAGCAAAUUUUCCAACUCCAUUGAGUUCUUCAGGAGCACCUCACUAUCAGAGUAUUCAAGGUUUUAAUCCUUACGCCCAUCAUGGGUUUGCCCGACCUUUUAAUGUCGCAGCCGUCUCUUCUCCACAAGGGUCGCCCAACAGCCCAGGGUAUAACAUGCCCAAUGUCGACCACUCUUCUCACGCAUUCAAGUCACGUUUCAACACAAUGGCCGUACCAUGUCAGCUGAGUCCUGUAAUUUCGGAGUGCGCCCCUCAGGAACAUUCAAAUUUUCAAUCCAAUCUUGCAACCUCGAAAUCAAGAGAAAAUUCAAAUAACUUCUUGCCCCAAGACUGUAGAAACGUACCAACUUCUACCAGCUCCGCACAAGAUACCGUUAGCUCUUACUACCCAAAGUCUGGUUUCCCCUCAUUGAUGGGGAUUGGACCACCAAAUGAUCCUUGCUUAGGUGAACAUGGAUCACCUAGUGGUCAUUUCCAGACUAAAAGAUAUAUGAACCAAAUGCCAACUCAAAAUCCUGGUUCUAGUCACUCCAUGGAAUCUAAUCAAGAUAGCAAUAAUCUUCAGAGACCUAACGACAAAAAUUCACUCAAAAGUCAUCCCAGUUUGCAGCGUGGCAAGAGACGCCAAAAAUCAACUACUUCUCCCCAGUUUUCGCAUGAGCAGGUUCGCGGACAAGGAUCGUUAUCUGAAUGCAACACUCAAGAAAUCGACACAAGCGACCGUCGUCAAAUUCAGUGGCACCAAGGAAUACACUACCUAGUUAGCCGGAACAACGCACCCAUGACUUACGAUCAGUCUACCGGUAGAAGUGGGGCUCCAUCUCAGGUCUCCACAGGUUCGGCGGAAGUACCUGACAUUAUGACGCGUGCCCCUGCGUACAACUCUCCGUACGCCAGGAUUUCGUCCUCAGAGCUUCCGGAAUUUCGACCUCCCGUCGGCCAUUCACAGAACCAAAAUCUAAUGGCCGGAAACAUUCCAUGGCCGUCUGCAAUAUUCCAGCAAUACCUAAGUGCUCACCAGUCUCUCGGUUCUCGACCACAUCCAGAAAUGGCAAAUCCGGUGUCGAACCCGCAAGUCAAAGAUUCUCAGCCUCCUACCGUACCUCCUAACGCGUCAAGAAUGCCGAAACCUUCAACUCCGUAUGCAAGUUCACCUGUCACGUCAACCGCAAAUUCGAAUCAUUUGUCUACCAACCAUUUGAUUAAUCAUCAUAAUCCUCAUUUUCAACCGACUGCAAGAGCAUCAAAGACUAUAAGAUGCCUGGAAUGCCCCCAACAGGCCACGAUACAAUGUCCACAGUGCAAGAAGGCCGCAUACUGCAGUGAACCUUGCCGGUACAUCAAUUGGAUCAAGCACUCACGGGACUGCUUGAAAGAGAGCCGCACCGCCCCCGUCCCCCGCAAGCCCAAGACUGCGUCAGGCUCGUGAUCUGAUCUCUGGGAGGGGCUAGUAUGUUCCUGUAGAAACAUGUUCUACGUAUGUUCACUCAAAACUAUGUUUAAAAAAUGUUCAUACAAAAACAUGGUAGACACAAGUUCAUUGAAGAAUAUGUUAAAAGCAUUCCCGUUCAAAAACAUGUUUAGUACGUGUUCAUUCAAAAGCAUGUUAGACACAUGUUUAAUCAAAAUAAUAGAGAACACAUGUUUAUUGAAGAAUAUGUUAAAUACAUUCCCGUUCAAAAACAUGUUAGACGCACGUUUAAUCAAAAUAAUGGUAAAUGCAAGUCCCUUAAAAAUAGGUUAAAUGCAUCUUUAUCUAAAAAUAUGUUGAACAUGUUUCAAUUGAAAAUGCGUCAAAUGCAUACACAGUGAAAAACGUGUUAAAUGCAUUUUAGUUCGCAAGCAUGUUAGACACAUGUUCAAUUAAAAUACAGGGAAACUCAUGUUUAUUAACAAACAUGUCAAAUACAUGUUUAUUCACAAACAUGGUAAGGUAAUUUUUAAUCAAAAUAAUGUUUAACUCAUAUUCAUACAAAAAUAUAUACUUGUGAUAAGCACAGGUUCAUUCUAAAACAUCUACGCAUAUUCAUUGAAAAACAUGUAAAAUGCAUUCUCAUCCUAGAAUAUUUUAUACUCAUUUUCUUUUAAAAACAUGCAUUACGCAUGAUUAUUCGUGCGCUGAUAGACUAACUUUGUACAUUUAUGCGUGGCAUUAAUAAUUAAUUGAGAAUUAAUCGAUAUAAUGUGGCAUAUUAAGCAUAUAAGAAAUGUUACCUGUUCUAAUAUACCAUUGUUGCCUUAUCUUGGGACCAGCAACCAUUAUAACCAUGCUUGAACUAGUAUAAUGGUUGAACUAGUAUAAGUUUGACCCAUGAGAAGCUCAUU